GUUGGACCUCCCCAUUCCCACCAGCGCACAUCCACACCAACCAUUUCCGUGUACCGCAGCUGUAGCACCUCCUGCAGGCCGCCCUGUAAACAGCAUUUUAAUCCUGUUAUAGGACCGGCGAGAGGUAACCGGCAACUAUGGUCCUCCGAAUCCGCCUCGCCCGCUUCGGCACGAAACGAAAACCAAUCUACAACAUCGUCCUCGCGCAGGCAAAGUCUGGACGCGAUAACAAGCCCAUGGAGGUACUGGGGACGUACAAUCCGAUCCCACAAGCGCCGCUGGCAACGCCGGAUACACCAGAAUUCCUGGAGAGUGGAGAGAAAUAUGUGCCGAAGAGGAUGAAGGAUAUACAACUAGAUACGGCGAGGACGAGGUAUUGGCUUGGUGUUGGGGCACAGCCGACGGAGCCGGUUGGCAAGUUGCUGAGAUUGAUUGGCAUGCUCGAAGAGAAACCCUCUAGGGUCAAGAGAUUCCCGACACAACCAUACAAACCAGAAGCAAAGCCACCUCCAGACACCGAGCCCGAAAAGCAAGAAAGUUGAUUACACCGCUGAAGAUGGAUAAUUUAACGGUGCUUUUGUACGAUGAUUCGGCCUGGAGACAGGGGAUAGGUGUCCGAUCUGCGUAUAGUAGGCAGGAGCAUAGCUAUCGGCGUUACGAUUGAGGGAUUUCAGAAUCCCAGAAAGCAUGCGGCGCAUGGGGGGAUACAACAUCUACCCGACUUCAACGGAAACAUACGGAUAUUCUCAGUCAAAGAAGGGUUCUGUACAGUAUAUUAACCUUGUCGCAAUAUUCUACCUUGUGGAAGAGAGAGCUCAGUCCAUCUGCCGUGAAAAGUAUACCGGCGAACAUUUGACCUCUACCUCUAUCCGAUAUACCGGAGAGAAAAAAAAGGUCCUGGGUUACCACACCACAUGGCUGCUCUCUUCGUGCAGCAAACCUCAAACUACAGCAGGGCCUCGAUUACGAGAGUACUGAAAUGUCAUCUGCUUCAAACUCGGCGCGGUCUCGGGUUCUACAAGGCCAGAGCAUGCGACUCUUCACGAUCCACUUCUUUGUGGUCUUUUUCUCGCGCCGCGGCACAGCACAUGACGGU